GCGCGGCCUCCCUCACCGGCGAGGCUCCCCUUCUUCUCGCCCCUGGCGCUUCUCUCGCCGGGUCCCCGUCCGGAGGAGGAGGAGAAGGGAGAAGGGCACGGCUGCCUCCUUCGCCGCCGCCCCCUCGGGCGAAGAAGGCUCCCUUCGCGAGCCCGAGGCGCGGGCACCGUCCACCUGCCGGAACGAGGGGAGAGGGGAGGGUCCCCAGGGGAAGGGGCGCAGCCAGGAAUUUUGUUAGGGAGGCAGAACCUCAGAUUGGUAUUGAUUUGUAUUGAUUUAUUGGGGCAGCUCUCCCCCCCCCCGCAUGCCGAGGGGUCCUCAGUCUUUGCAUUCCAGUCCUGCUCUCGCCCCAGGAAGCAGCCUUGCCGCGCGCGCAGGACGCGCGCCAAUUCCCCGCGUUUAGCCUCUGAUAGUUGAUGCUAUAGGUUUAAAUCGUACUGUACUGCGAAAUAAAUAUCACUUGGCACUGUUAAAUAUUUGGUUUCUUUUCGAAAAUUAGUAACCCUCCUUAUAAUGUGACUUUUAACAAAAAACACAUAAAACAUAAUUGCAGCUGCAACCAAACAAUGUAUCAGUGUUAAAAAUGCAGCCAUAAAAGCUAGGGUUGCCAUAUUUCAAAAAGUGAAAAUCCAGGCGAUAAAGUUGUUGAGCUUCCCCACCACCCUGACAUUUUUACCCAUUUUCAGAAAUUCCGCAGAAAACCAAACCAUUAAGCAGUACCACCAGAUGAUAUGAGCACUUCAGGGCAGCGGCUGCUACAAGUGUGAGACCACAGCGGACCAUGGACGGGGAUGUGGUGAGAAAUGUCUUGAACAAUAUGCAUUUUUGCAGCUUCAUUUGUACAUAUGGGAAAAGUGAUAAUAAGGAGUAUGCUUCAUAUCCUUCGUAUUUUUUAAUUUCUGUCUCAUGUGCAUCCUGUCAAUCUGCUUUUUGAUAGAACACACUCAUUUAUCAGUUUUCUGCAGCUGAUAACCUUGCCCAAGGAAGUCUGUUCUGUGUAUAUUCUGUGUAUAUUCCUGCGUAUAAGACUACUUUUUAACCCAGGAAAAUCUUCUCAAAAGUCGGGGGUCGUCUUAUACGCCGGGUCGUAUUUCUUAUACGGCGAGUAUAUCCCAAACUCUAUAUUUUAACUGGAAAAGUUGGGGGUCGUCUUAUACGCCCAGUCGUCUUAUAUGCCGGAAUAUACAGUACAGUAUUUAAACCUUUACAGCUAGAUUGUGCUUCUCUUACUACAAUGCCUCCUCUCAGAGGAGAGUGUGGUUUCAGUCCUCACUAGAGCACAGGGGCCUCUGAGAAGACAGAGUGUGGCCGUUCCACCUCUGUGGGCACUCAAAUGUUUUACCCUAAAGCAGUGAUGAUGGGAGUUGUAGUCCCAAAACAGCUGGAGGGCCAAGUUUGGCCAUCACUGCCCUAAAGAAUACAGCUUGCAUACUUUUAAACCCUAUUAGAAUACAGAUGAGAGCUCGCUGUUCUUCCUGCGGCAGUUAAAAGUCAUCUGUAUUCAACAUCAGACCUUAUUUGAUUGCUAAAGGCUAUGACAAAUACUUCCAACUAAAGCAUCUUCUUCGAAGAGCACCUGAUUAAUGACACAUCAGGGUGCUGCAUUGAAAAUCAAUGGCAUUGUGUUCCAGCCCAACAUUGGGAAUUGGAGCUGUAGGUUAGUUUCAUUGAUAUUAUUGAUACUGUGGUACCAAAUAUAUUAAAUUUUAAUGUCUGUGUGUUUAUUUGGAUUUUUUGUGGUUUACUGUAUUAAAUAAUACUCGAAGUAAUAAAACAAAUAAAACUUCAUUAGCUGCAGUAAUACAGUGGUUGGUACCUCUACUUACGAAUUUAAUGCGUUCUGAACACACAUUUGUAAGUCAAAAAAAAUUGUAAGUCGAAUCCCAUAGGAAUGCAUUGGGAGAAAAAAUUCGUAAGUCGAAGCAACCCUAUCUAAAAAUUUGUAAGUAGAAAAAAUCCUAUCUAAACCGCAUCCAAGAUGGCGGACGGAGCUCCAUUUGUAAGUAGAAAAAUUCGUAAGUAGAGUUAUUACUGUAUUUCUAUUAAGGGAGAAUGAGUCAGCAAGUUAUCCAAUUCCUCCCCUUCCCCCACCACCCCACACCCUUUGUAUUUCAGAGUGGGAUUGCUGAGACAAUGUCACUGGGGGAAAGCCAAGAAAGCAGGAGGCCUCUCAAGGAGUCACUGGGAACUGAAGAGGGCUCUACUCGUGUGAUCACCAUUGUUUUUAUUGCACUCAUCAUAGACUUGUUGGGUUUCACCCUCAUCCUGCCUCUCCUUCCUUCAAUUCUUGACCAUUACAGCAAUAAUAAUGAUAGUUUCUACAUGACGUUGCAGCAUGGGGUGGACUGGUUCAGUGAAGUGGUUCAAGUGCCUUCUGAAAGGAAAUACAACAGUGUCUUAUUUGGAGGUCUGAUUGGCUCCAUAUUUUCCCUCCUUCAGUUCUCCUCUCCACUUACUGGUGCUACAUCUGAUUACUUUGGGAGACGGCCGAUCAUGUUGUUGACUUUGAUUGGUAUGAUAGCAUCAUAUUCCUUGUGGGCCAUUUCCAGGAGCUUUGAGCUAUUCAUUUUCUCCAGAAUUCUUGGUGGAAUAAGCAAAGGGAAUGUCAGCCUCUCCACUGCAAUAAUUGCUGACUUGCAAAGUCCAAAAGCUCGAAGCAAAGGCAUGGCCAUGAUUGGUGUUGCUUUCUCCUUGGGGUUUACCUUUGGGCCUAUGCUUGGAGCAUACCUCUCCAUGGAAAAAGAGAAGGGAGAAAUCUUCUAUGUUCGGUCUGCUAUGUUUGCUGUCAUGUUUGCAGUGAUUGACUUGGCUUUCGUCUUCAUGUUGCUGCCAGAGACACUCCCCAAAGAAAAACGGGUGUCCUCCGUUAUGUCCGGUUUCCAGUCAGCAGCUGGCCUGAUUAGUCCUCGGGCUCUGUUCCAGUUCUCUGCAGUCAGCCAAAAGAUGGAAACCUCUUCGAAAGAGAAUCUCAAGAUCCUUGGCCUGGUGUAUUUCCUGUAUCUUUUCCUGUUUUCUGGUCUGGAAUAAACUCUGAGUUUUCUUGUCCAUCAACACUUCCAAUUCAGCAGUCUGGAACAAGGGAAGAUGUUUUUCUUCAUUGGAAUUACGAUGGCUCUAAUCCAAGGAGGUUACACUCGCCAGAUUGAGCCAGGAAACGAAGUGAAGACUGUAAAAAGGGUGGGGCUUGUUUUCCAUUUGAACUUUCCAUUUGAACUUUUUUUGUACUUUCUCUUUCUUUUGCUUCAUGCAUACGUGAAGAAUUUUCAGGAAAUGUGUCUUCUGUCCUUUAUUUCUUUCAUAGGGUUAGCCAGCCAAAAGGGAACCGUAAUGGGAAUCCUAAGGAGUCUGGGGGCCCUUGCAAGAGCUUUUGGACCAAUUGUGUCAGCAACAGUAUACUGGCUGGCAGGAGCUGAAGUUUGUUUCACUGUCUGUGCCUUUUCGUUCCUCCUCCCCUUCGUUCUCCUUGGAUACAUUCAAAAGCAGAGGAAAGAGUAAUAAGCAACUCUGGCUACCAUUUUCCAAGAAACAUUGGAAAUUGGGCCCUUAGGUGGCUGGGCUAAGAAACAUUUUGUGGCACCUCCGGCCUUUGCUUAUGAUGAAGUGCAUAGAUUUCGAGAAGCUGAGCCUCCAUGCUAUUUCUGCUGCACUGUGGCAAAGAGCCCUGGAGAGAAACCUCAGCUACUGCCUUUCAGCGAACGAUACUUGCGCCAUAAAAAACGGUCAGAUACAUUUCCUGUUCUGCAAGAGAGUGCACAGUGGUGGAAAAGGGUUGUUUGCUUUGGCAGAAAGUGUUUAAAGAAGGAAAUGAAACAAUUACUGGUAUACAGACUUGCACUAGACAUGCUGAAUAAUUUUUGUUGAAUAUGUUUUGUCUGUACCUAUACGUGCACACACACACACAUGCAAAUGUAUACUAUCCUUGAAAUACAUUUUCUAAAUAAUAUACCGUUGAUUUGUCUGCCAGAUUUGAAGCACACACAGGUCCUGCUAUGGGAACGCUCAUUAUCUGCAAAUUCAAUUAUCCAGACACAAAGAAUUAUGCCCAAACCUCGCUACAAAAACAGCGGAUUCAGAUAUCCAAACAGCCAGAGUUUGCCCACUUCCUUACUUGUGUUUUGCUGGUUGACUGCAGCCAUUUCUGGAAAAAGCCUGGGGUGGGGGGUGGGGGCAGAGCAGAGACCGGACAAAUCACAGAUUAGAAAUGUUCCCAUAGGAAAUAAUGGAAAUCAUCAGCUUGUUAUGCAAAUACUUGCAGAUGAUUUCCUGGUAAUGCACUGUGUUUGGAAAGCAGGACCUGCAUGUACAACAUUUCAUUGAUACUUAGCUAUUGAGCUCAAGUAGAUAUGUAUGUUUUGUAUAUUGAUGCCAAAACUUGAGUCUUAACAGGUUGCCAAGGGCAAUAGUUGUUUCUUUAAACCAAAGACUUACUGGUACGUUGCAAGCUGGAAAAGUGUGUCCAGGUAUAUCCUAUCUAUGGGAGGCAGUAAGUUGAAACACAUCAUGCUCGGACCUUCAUGUGCAAAAGAUUGUAGUUAAGGUAAUAUGUAGCUAAGGUAACCACGGUUUUUUUGCAUAAUUAUGAUUCUGGCUCUGUUUACAUAAAUAUUUUAUAUUCUUUACAUAAAUAUUUCAAUUAAUCCUGUCUUUGUGCCUUAUCCAGCAAGCUGGAUCCCAGCUGGUUUAUUCUCCUGAAUUCUGCAUAGCAUCCCAGGGUUGUACCUGUUAGAAGAGGCAAAUUUUAUUGUUGUUUUUUCCUUUUUCUCCUGCUACACAAGCAGCCAGCAUACCAGCUGCCUCUGAAUGUAAUUGAAAAAAGAGAGCAACAGGAAAAUUAAUAAAGCCAGGAAUGCAGGAAGAGAAAAAAGCAGAGAGGGAAAGAAGAGAGGAAAGUUGGGGAAAUGAGAGAGCAAGAAAGAGAGGCAGCAAGAAGAACAAGAGAUUCUUUCGAGAGCAGGGGGUAGUAAAAGGAUGCUUCUCCCCCAAUUUAUUUCCCUACCUUAAUCCGUAGUUGACUACUACGACCUCUGCCAAAAGCAUAAUAGAGGGGCUGGCCCCUCUACUUAAAUUAGAACUGUGCUAUGUGACAAAAUGGUUAUUUGUCUCUGUAAAAUAGGCUAAAGGGUCUGUUUAUAUUUACUGCUCUGGUGUACAUGAGGGGUUGUUUGUCAUUGCAGCCUCUAAUAGGAGUCUCAUGUAACAAAGGUCACCUAAUUAAGACCUGCAGAGCCCAUUCUCAGCCAGGUCUGUUCUGUGUCCUCCCACUACAUAGCAGAUAUCUAUAUUGUGUUUUGAAGACAUUACUUUUUCAAUAAACAUUUUAAAAUGGAAA